AUGACUAAAUUGGGUCCAAGAGGCAUUAAAUGUGCCUUUGUUGGCACCUUUUGGAAAGAUGCAGUUAAGGACGAAAUGGAUUCGAUAAUGUCCAAAAAUACUUGGGAACUUGUUGAUUUACCACCGGGACCCAAGCCUAUUGGAUGCAAAUGUGUAUUUAGGAGAAAAUACAAUGUUGAUGGAUCCUUAAAUACCUUCAAGGCUAGAUUAAUAGCUAAAGGAUAUCGACAAAAGGAAGGAAUCGACUAUUUCGAUACUUAUGCACCGGUAGCUAGAAUAACAUCGAUUAGGAUAUUAUUUGCCUUGGUUUCAAUAUAUGACUUGCAUGUUCAUCAAAUGAUUUCAAGACGGCAUUCCUAA